AUGUUGCUGCUGGUCUGGCUGCUGCGCCACCUGGCGCUCUGUUUGGGUGCAGUGCAGCCCGUGGACGAGUAUCGUCCCUCGGAGCUGGUGAACGCCGCUCUGCACGUGCUCGAGAGCUCGGUGGGUCCGCGCUUCCAUGCCCUGUCCAUCAUGGAGCUGUCGCGCUCGGAUGCGGAGCAUCGCUAUCAGCGCCGCGCGAUGAGCUACCUGCUCCGGCGGCUGAACGAGCGGGUGGCCGUGCAGCUGCUGCAGGACAAGCCCAUCGAGCAGCCGCGCGAUUACAUCCUGUUUCUGGUGGACACGCCGCAGGCGUUCCGCGCUCUCCACUUUCAAUUCGCCACAACCCUCUUUGAUCGCGAGUUCAAUUUCCUGAUACUGCUCAGCUGGCGCGUGCAGGAGGAGCAGGCGCUGCUGGCGGGACUGCACGACAUCUUUGCGAAAUGCCUCCGCUUCCAUGUGCUGAACGCGGUGGUUAUCGUGGAGUCAGCGGAUCCCAGUGUGGUGCUGUUCUAUGGCUUUCGCCUGUACGCGCCCGACUGCAAUGUGUCCAUCACGCCGGAGCUGAUCAAUCGCUUUGCGCAGGGCCAGCUGCUGUCGCGGGGUCAUCUGUUCGGGCGUGCGCUGCGCAGCUUCUAUGGCUGCCCGCUGACCGUCAGCUGGUAUCCGUUGCCGCCGUUUGUCAUGUUCACCGGGGAUCGGGAGGAUCCGGAACAGCGGCUGGAGACGUGGCGGCUGACGGGCGUCGAUGGGGAGCUGCUCAAGCUGCUGGCCACGAUCUUUAAGUUCCGGCUGCGUCUGCUGCCGCCGUGCGAGAAAAAGACGCUGGAGCACAGCUACAGUUACAGCGCCGACGAUUGCUUCCACCAGCUGGGCGUGGGCAACUCCUCGGUGGCGAUUGGCGCGCUGAGCGCCUCCCAUUUGCAUCGGGAACGCUUCUCCACGACCAGCUCGUACCAUCAGAGCGCUCUCGUGUUUGUCGUCCGCACGGAUCACUAUAUGGGCGCGGUCAAUCAGCUAGUGCAGCCCUUUUGCGGCACCGUUUGGCUGGCGCUGAUCCUCAGCUGCCUCGCUGUCCUCCUGCUGCAGUGGGCCUGGCGCCGGCGCAGCGGCUACUUCGAUUUAACCGCGUGUGCACUGCGCGUGCACACCACACUGCUCGGUAAUCCGCUGGAGGCGCGGGCCGUACCGCGAGCGGGUCCUGUGCGCUGCUACCUGGGUGCCUGGCUGCUGCUCGCCCUGGUGCAGCGCGUCGCCUACCAGGGCAAGCUAUACGAUGUAUUCCGGCUGCCCUACCAUCGGCCGGUGCCCGAGCACAUUGCCGAGCUGCUUGAGGGGGACUACCAGUACCUGUCCCCGGACUAUGUCGACUACUUUCCCCAGCAUCGGACGCAGCUGCGCACGUUCAACUUUCUGCGGCGCUUCGAGGAACUGGAGGCGGCCGAGGACGGCGCCCGGCUCACGACGAGUGCCCUGCUGGACAACCUGGCCCACUACAAUCAUUUGAACUGGCAGCACAGCCGGCUGACCCAUGUGCGGGAGCAUAUCUACCUCUACCAGCUGGUCAUGUAUCUACGUCGACAUUCCAUCUUCAAGUUCGCCUUCGAUCGCAAGCUGAAGCAGCUCCAGUCCGCGGGCAUUGUGGGCCACAUCAAUCGCUACUUCGAGCACCGCAUGCACCAGGAGCCCUACGGCCAUGCCUCGCACGAGGUCUCCCCGGUACGGCAGGAGAUGUUCUGCGGCUUGUACUUCAUCUACUACAUGAUGCUUCUCGCCGCGUUCCUUGUCUUUCUCCUCGAGCUGAUCAGCCUCCGCGUCAUCUGGCUGAGGCGUUACUUUCUCUGA